AUGUCGCCUUUCCAUCGUCUCGCCCUGGUCGGCCUUUCCUUGCUGGCCUUGGGUCCUCAGGCCGCUCUUUCGACUUUCGAUUUCGUCACCUUUUCUUCUGUGCUGCAGUGCACUCCUUUUUCUAUCGAAUUUUCCGGGGGCCAGCUCCCCUCUGCGCUGCCGCUAAAACUGACCGUCGUCCCACUCGACUCGACACCCUUUUCUGUUAAUCUUCCCGCCUCUUCUUGGAAUGCGACCACUGGAACAGGCCAUGCAAUCACGUUCAUACCUUUUCCCGCAGGCACCGAAUUUGUUGCAUCCCUCGACGACGCCAACGGAGCUCCCGCAGGUCUGACCUCGGACGUGAUCAAGGUAGGACCGUUCAACAGCACGUUCUGCCUUCACUCCGAGCAAAGCAGCUCUGCGAAUGCCGAUGCCUUCGUAGUCACCGGAGAGCUGUCCCAAUGCGAGCCUUUUAGUGUGGGCUUCAAUACGUCUGAGGUGACUUCCGCACCUUCCGUUCGUGCUUUCACCCCAGGGGGCACUUCUUUCCUUGUGAACCAGAGUUCCUCCAAUACUGGCACUGCGACAUAUGUCAUGGAUGCCCUUCAAGGCACAAAAGUCAUUCUGCUUGUGUCUGACAAUAGCGGGCUCAGCGAGACCAGCAGCCUGUUGACAGUAGGCGGCUCGGACGAGAGCAGUGGGACAUGUAUCCCAUCAACGACCACUUCAGGCGAAAUUCCCUCCAGUACUCCGCCUUCCAACUCUACAAUGUACACGAGUUCAAGUACUACCGCUAUGUCUAUGGAAGAAACGAAUCGGUCACAGACUCUUUCGCAGGGCUCUAUCAUAGCUAUUGCAGCGGUUUCUGGGACUGUAGUAGUGGUGAUUGUGCUCGCCAUGGCCUUCUGGCUCUAUUGGUCCCGUCGCAAGGCAAGCAAAUCUGCUGUCCGAUACAUGGAGCAGGGUGGCCCAUAUACUUCGCGUGGAGAGAAAGAGAUACUGCCAGAACCUCCGAAAGCUUCGUCUUCAACAGCGCGGCCCUCCAUUCCCCCUGCUGGGUCGACAUGGUCGCUCAGCAGCGCUCGAGCGGACGAGACAACGGGCUACGUGAAGAACCCGCUAUACACUAACUCCAAUCUCUGGCUCUCAUCGCCUACUACGCCGGGAUCAGCUAGUCGUCGAUCGAAUACCCCACGCUCGAGUACUUUUAGUUCAAGGGACCGCAGCGCUCACAGUUCCACGUUCGCGAUACCUCUACAGAUGUCUUCUCCGUUGUCCCCUCUCCCUCAAUUUGCCGAUGCUUCCGCUAGUAGAACCACACCACUGCCUAUAUCCCGUUCUCAGACUCUUCGCAGCACUCGCUCGCAACGAGGUGUGCCUACCUCUCCAACAACAACGAUCUCCACCGUCGACAUCGAGCACAUUCUCGACAUGACCGAACGUUACUCUGCCGGUGACAGCACGGACCCUGCUAUCCCGCCUUUGCCUAGGAAUGUGCUGAUGGACCAGGAGACGGUGCGCAUGAGCGCGUACUUAGCGGGGCGCGAGGUGACGCACAGCCCUGCAUUACCGGCGACCCCGCCCGGUGUGCAUGUGCGCGUGCGCCCCCCGACCCUUGCCCUUGGCCAUUCGGCCACCUCGUCCUUGUACUCGUUACGCUCGCCCGCGGGCACACAUGGACGGUCGCCAAGCAUGCAGGUCUAUCGCGAGCCGCCGCAGGCGCUUGUGCCCUCGUCGCCAAUGCAGACCCCGCUCCCGUCCCCGUUGUGA